GAACAAACGGUGAAGUUAAAGAGAACGCAAAAGUGAGAGAGGGCAAGUGUGUGUGUGUGUGUGUAAAUGUGAGAGCGUUGCUAGGAAAUGCCAUUUCGGAGUAAGUGAGGGUGAGCGAGAGUAAGAGAGAGAGAUCGUGAUCUGUGGAGACCGCCUGGCCUGCAAUUUCUCGUCGCCUGGCUGCAGUUUCAUUUCGUGCGCGCUGCUUGCAACAUCAACAAACGUUGAAAGUCUCGAAUUCGUCGUCGGUUGCGUAUUUCGAUAUUUUAUUUCGGUUCUGUGUGUGGGAAAAAAAUAUGCGCGCAAUGAAAUGUCAGUCGCAUUAGCUGGUAAACGUUUUGGCGCUUUGUAAUUGGCGGCAGCUGCUUUUGUGCGUCGUUUUUGGAGCAGUCAGCAACAAGUGCACACAGUGAACAGCAGCAAAACAACAAAAGCUGAGGCAGGGGCAAAUGCAGUCCAAGGCGUCACUUAAUUAACAUGCAACUGGCAACUGGCAAGCGACGACGUCAGGCUGUUAAAAAGUGCAAACAACAAUAAUAACAACAACAACAACAACAACUUUAACGUUGUCGUCAAGCUGUCUAAUAAUAAAGUUGAGCAAAAAGAUGCGCUGGAGCAAUUUUAAGCCCUGCAGCUGUUAAUUAAAGCGUCGCAACACCAGCAGCAGCAACAAUUGCUACAAAUAACGACAAUUGCAAUUGCAACAUCAGCAGCUGCAACAACAACAAAAUGUCGCUCGUUUUGCGCAGUCAACGCGCCUUCAUUGAGGAAAACUCUCAUCAAAUGCCAAGCGGCAACAAUGCUAACGUUGUAGCUGGUGGCAGCGGCAGCGCAGUGCGCAGCUGCAACUGCUGUCCGUAUGGCUACCACAUUGAUUUGGACUUUGUGCGCUACUGUGAGGCGCUGGCCAAUGCCAAGCCCAGCGAGGAGGAGAAGCAGCGACGCGAUCGUCGACGCUCGCGCAAGUCCAUGGAGUUUAUGUUGGGCUUUGAGAGUUUGUUCGGCAGCGAUUGGCAGGCGGAGCAGCGAGUGCAGCCGAAGCUAACUGAGGCUGCACAUGAAAGUGAAUCCGAUUCGCCGCAGUCUGCUGGUUAUCGUCCGCGCUCUGCGUCUGUGCCACGCUUCAAUUACGGCCAGAGUGGCAUGCAACGCGCCGAGUCGCCCUUUGGCACAGCUUCCUCCAGCUGCUCCUCCAUGCGCGGUGGCGUUGAAAGCGAUGCGGCUGUCUAUCAGCAAAGUCGCAGCUAUGGCGCUGCACGUCCGCCGACCAAUAGUCCGCCGGAAACGCGCGCUUUUCUGCACGAGGCGCUCGAUGAGGUUUGCAGCGAUUUUGAGCGCACGCUGGAACGCGCCUCGGCCAGACGCCGCAAAUAUGAGCACAGCUCCAUGGAUCGCAACAACAACAGCAGCUUGAGCUUGAGUCUGAAUCUAAGCAAUGGCUACAGCUCGUUCCGGGAGUCCAAGGAGGCGCGCGAGCGUCGCAUGGGCCACAGCACUUGGGAUCGCUACUUUGAUGUGGCAGACUCCUGCAUGGCGGGCAAUCGUUCGCCCAGUGCGGGUUCGCCGCGUUUGUUUCAACGCUCCAAUACGCUGCCGCUGCAGCAGCGUCCAAGUCCCGCUGAGCUGCAGUACGAGAGCUAUGUGCAGGCUACAGUUGCGGCCAAUGCCAAAUCGCCAGUGGAGCAGCAGCUAACGCCGCCGCCGCCGCCACCACCCAGGCGACAUCAUUUGACACCCAAGGCGGAGCAAAAUGGACAUGCAAGUCCCGCACAGUCGCCUGUAAGCUCCGAGGCGGGUCAAACAGCAGCAGAUGCGCAAGCUUUGUGCCAAAUACGCGAGCAAAUGGCGCUGAGUUUGCAGCGUCUAAAGCAUUUGGAGGAGCAGGUUAAGACUAUACCGGAUAUGGAGCUGGAGCUGAGUUCUUUGCGUGCUGACAAGCAGCGACUGCAGCGUCGCAAUGAGGAGCUGCUGCGUGGUCAGCGUCAAACGCCUUCGCCGCCAAGUCCGUGCACUAAGCAAGCUGCUCCAUUGCAGUUUACGCCGCAGCGCAUAAGUCCCGUAUCGCUUGAGAGUUUGGGCACGCGCAUGCGCAGCAACUCCAGCUCACCCAGCAUUAUUAGACGCGAUGUGGCUACACAAGCUGCCAGCGCCAGCACGCGUGAUGCUGCUGUGGGCUCGCAGCUUAGCACGCGUCAUGUGGCCACACAACAAGCGGUUGCCAUUUACUCACAGCUGGAGCUGCAAACGCACAUCGAGCAAGCGUUGAGUGCGCGUCAGCAGCAGCGACUGCGUCAGUUGAUUUCAGUGGGCACACAAAUGUAUGUGCCACAGCGUGAGCAGCGCGACAGCAGCAUGCAGACUACGCCGGAGCGUGCAGUGCUCAAACAUCAUGUGGGCGUCUCCGCCAAGCCGGCAACACGUGAAAGUUUUACCAGCUGCAAGCCGCAGUCACGCAGCGUGGGCAGCUCCGAGCAGCGUGUUACGGAUGUGCUUUGCGAGAAAUGCGCAUGCAGCAAGCGCAGCGUUGGCUGCAGCACUGAGCAGCAGCAGGCAGCGAAGCCCAUAACGCUGCAGCAACUGGGACGCAGCAAUACUUUCAGUUUAGGCGCUUCAGAGCCGCUGCACAUCAAGUUGAAGUCCAUGGGUAGCCAAACGAACCCAACGCUAGUGCAGCAUGCUGGCAGCCAAACAGCUGUGCCCAAUGUGCGCUCCACAGCUGCGCAAAUUACACCGGAGCAGCAACAAAUGGCCACACAGUGCUCCAUUCCGCAGCGCAGUCGUCAGACCGACACCCAGGGCCUGCUCUGCCUUACACGCAGUGAAACCAAGUCGGAGCAGCUAAUGGCGCCGCUGCUGCGACCACAAACCAGCAACGCCGGCUGCAAUACUGUAGCUGAUCCCAAGCCGCAACGCGCCACAGCCCACUCCGCCUGCAAUACGGAGCAGGUGCAUAAGCGUGAUGUGGGCUGCGGUGAUAUUGUCAAGCCGCAUAUUUCAAUUGCGUGUGCUGCCAAUUACUGUGAUUCCUGCAAGGAGGCCAUACAACUGCUCGCCAAGGACUUUUCCAAGACUAGCAUGGAAAGCAGCGUGACCACGCCCACGCCGCCCGCGCGUCGUUCCAAUUCAGCGGACUCACGCAUACCACGUCCCAAGCAUUUAACUAGUCCCAGUCCAGUGCGGCGUCAGUUUCAGCGGCAAAAUACGUAUACGCUGCCUACGGCCGCUGCCACGCCUCCAAAAAGUCCAAAGGCGGAGCGUCAAACGCGUCUAAGCUCCUUGCAGGAAAAGCCGCCAAGCGUUACACUCGAUAGCUGCGCGCUGAGCGAAUCACAAAGUUUUCUCAAACAAGCAUCCAGCACGUCUGCUACAGCUUCCACAUCUCAAGAGCUGGACUAUGCUCACUUGGGUGAAGGUGAACUGAUUGUGCGCGAGGAGAAACGCGUAAGCAUCAGUUGGUCACGCGAUGCGUCGCCAGCGCCUUUGAGCACAAGCACCAAGUCCGCUUCACCGGAACAUGCGCUCACUGCUUCCACCGACUCCAAUGUGGAGCGCGAAAUAUCACAGGGAGCGCGUAAAAAGUCCAGCACACCGCUCAAGUCUAGUCAAAGCGAAGACUCCCAGGUAACCGUCAUCGAGCGCAAACCCGAGAUGGAAACAAAAAUAGAGCGCGGAGCUACCAAGGCGCAACUGCAUCAACUGGCACAAGCGCCAUCGGAGCCCAGACAAAAAGCGGAACUGGCUAAGGAGCUAAAGGACGCACUAAAAGUUAUUAACGAUUCGCUGCUAAAGAAACUUGGCUCCAAGCCUUUCUCUUCGUUCAGUCUAAAAGCAUCCAAAUCAACCAUAAGCGAACAUUGGUUCCGCAUCUCCAGCACAGCCACUUCCAAUCCGCACGAGGUCGAGGACUAUUUGGAUCAUUUUGAGUCUCUAUCCGUGCCGCUGCUGGAAUAUUGUGUUAACUUGUGCGACAGCAAUGGCAACACUGCAAUGCACUAUGCGGUCUCUCAUGGCAACUUUGAUGUCGUAUCCAUACUGCUGGAUUCAAAGGUUUGCAAUGUAAACCAAAUGAAUAACGCUGGAUACUCGUGUGUCAUGCUCGUAUCGUUGGCUAAGCUUAAGCAAGCGGCACAUCGCACAGUCGUCGAGCGACUGUUCCAGAUGGCCGAUGUCAACAUACGCGCCAAGAAGCACUGCCAAACCGCAUUGAUGCUCGCUGUGUCGCAUGGUAAUGGCGACAUGGUCAACAUGCUGCUGGACGCCGGCGCUGACAUUAACAUACAGGACGAGGAUGGCAGCACUGCGCUUAUGUGCGCCGCCGAGCAUGGACGUGUGGAUAUUGUUAAGCAUUUGUUAUCGCAGCAAGAAUGCGAUUCACUGGUACAGGAUGUGGAUGGCAGCACAGCUUUCAAAAUUGCCUGGCAGGCUGGACAUCGCGAUGUGGGUUUGCUGCUCUAUGUGCAUGAGCAGAUGCUGCGCAGUAAAUUGCCCAAUCGUGGUGAGUCCACGCGCAAGUCGCUGCCGCUGCCCGCACGUCCCAAGCCAACGAAGUGAGCCAUGUUUUUGUAUUAGCGGCCAAAAUGUCGAACAAAGUUAGUUGUUAGUUUUGAAUUUAGCGAAACAUUCCAGCGCUCAACUAAAAACUUGA